CCACCUUCCCACAUUCCGCCGGGAGGGAGAGGAGGAGAGAAAGUGUCGAAGAGGGAACUUGAGAAGCAGGUUCACCUGACGAGGAGAGUAGAAGAAACUCAAAUCUGUUCUGCUUUCUUUUUUUUUUUCUCUCUCUCUCUUUUUUGUUAAACAAAAGAGCACGACGGAGGGAACGCCAGGAACGACACGGGUUCACUUCUCAAAAGUGUGUGUGUGUGUGUAUAAAUAUGAGUGCGCGCCUGAGCGUGCUCGUGAGUGUGUGCGUAUGUUUUACUCCAAACAAAAGACUCGCAUAGCAUCUACUGGCUUCAUUUUAACUUUCACUAUGGGUGUCGGAUUCCCGAAGCCUUUUAAAGGAACUCGGAGCACCUUGCCCGCCAGACGGAUACAGUUGCUUCACCUGUGACUGUACGCCGAAGCGAAGUGCCAAUGUGAGAGAAGCUUGUUGGAGUUAAUGGCCCGGGCACAGCGCUUUUUAACACCAUGCCCAGAUCCCUAACCCAGUGGAUGAUAAAAGUGCUGCUCUGUUUCACCAUCAUUUACUUGCGCCUCGGGGCCCUUUCUUCUGUGGUGGCCCUGGGUGCCAACAUCAUCUGCAAUAAAAUUCCAGGCCUGGCUCCUCGCCAGAGGGCCAUCUGCCAAAGUCGUCCUGACGCCAUCAUUGUGAUAGGCGAGGGAGCUCAGCUGGGCAUCAAUGAGUGUCAGUACCAGUUCCGCUACGGCCGUUGGAAUUGUUCGGCGCUGGGAGAGCGUACUGUCUUUGGCCAGGAACUCCGAGUAGGCAGCAAGGAGGCUGCAUUCACCUACGCCAUCACAGCUGCCGGAGUGGCCCAUGCGGUGACGGCGGCAUGUAGCCAAGGCAACAUGAGCCAUUGUGGCUGUGAUCGUGAGAAACAAGGCUACACCAACCAAGAGGAGGGCUGGAAGUGGGGAGGUUGCUCCGCCGACAUAAAACACGGCAUCGAGUUCUCCCGGAGAUUUGUGGACGCUCGGGAGAUAAAAAAAAAUGCCCGCCGACUGAUGAACCUGCACAACAACGAAGCAGGGAGAAAGGUGCUGGAAGAGCGGAUGAAGCUGGAGUGUAAAUGCCACGGCGUGUCCGGCUCUUGCACCACGAAGACAUGCUGGACCACCCUUCCAAAGUUCAGAGAAAUAGGCUACGUCCUGAAGGACAAGUACAAUAAAGCGGUCCACGUGGAGGUCGUCCGAGCCAGUAGACUACGCCAGCCUACUUUCCUCAAAGUGAAGAAAAUCCACGGCUAUCAAAAACCAGAGGAGACAGACUUGGUGUACAUUGAGCGCUCACCGAACUACUGCGAGGAGGACGCUAAGACGGGCAGCGUAGGAACGCAGGGACGCUUAUGCAACAGAACGUCUCCACAUACAGACGGCUGCGACCUCAUGUGCUGCGGCCGAGGCUACAACACUCACCAGUACACCAAGGUGUGGCAGUGUAACUGCAAGUUUCAGUGGUGCUGCUUUGUCAAAUGCAACACCUGCAGCGAGAGGACGGAGGUUUUCACCUGCAAAUGAACAAUCGUGUAUCGAUCAGGACAUGUACGAACCAAUAUGGUGGAAGAAUUACUGACAGAGAGAAAUUAUUUUAAAGAAAUAUAUAUAAAUAUAUAUUAAUACAAAUUUCCCGAAACCUAAUGGAAAUUUGACAGUCUUCAGCUCUUCACAGCAUCGUUUUGCACAGCAGAAUGUUCAUACUUGCUUUUCUCACAGAGGUUAAAUCCUAACCUCACUACACACCAGUCCAGCUUUUCUUUUAACGAGUUUAAACUCUCAAAAGCUCAUGCACUGAUGUAUCCAUACUGACUCAAAGAAUAAGGGCUACUUGAUGCAUGCUAUGCCAUGCCUGGGACAACGCAUGCAUUCUGGGGACUGUAUUUUUUUCAUUUAAUAUGAUGCUGAGAAAUCAAGGACCCAAAGGAGGCCAUGAACAUUUGGAUAUUAAGAAAAAUCAAAUAAGGAUGGGCUGAGGUAACCACAUUUAUAAUAUAGGGCUAAUACAUCCUUAACUCUGUAAUAAAAGAGAGGUUAGUACAGUCUGAAAAACUGAGUUUUGCUACAUUAAACCUCCUACUGCCAACUGGAACUUGGUGGGAUACAGUAUGUUAGCUGUCCAGUCACACUGGAACUGUAUGUUUGAACACUGAAAAUGUUUAUUUAUGUAAUAGUAUCUAAGAAAAAAAAAAAAAAAAAAAAAGCGAAGCACUAACGGGUAGAAAAUGUUCUUAUUUUGUACUAAAUGUAAAUAAACAGAGAAAGAUGGGGGAACAAAAAACUGUAUAAACUCCUGACUGAAAGUGACUGACAGACUUCUCGAGAAAAAAAAAAGUCCUGAGACAAACUUCUAUUUUCCUAACAUGGUUCAACCCAAGAAUAAGUGUGUCGUUUUCCGGAACCACUUUUCUUUUUUUUUUUAAAGACAAUAUAAAUAUUUAACAUUGUGCUGUAGCUUAGGGUCAGAGUGCAGUGAGGUAUGCACUAAAACUUUUGAACAUUCCACUUUAAAAAAUAAAAUAAAAACCUUAGACAAUAAAUAAAACGCACUCCUUAAUGACCUUUUCUCAAUUUUCUGGAUAUGUUGCUGCACUGAUCUUUUUUAUUUCUAGAAACGAAAUAAAUUUGCAUUUGACUGACUUUGAGAUUUGAUUGGAUAAAUACGUGGCCUAGUUUGCUUUUCAGAAUCAGGAUAUUGAUCCCCUAUGGAAAUUGUUUUUUUAUUGUUUUAAAUGUUUUAUAUUUUUUAUAUACAGUUACCUUUAUGGCAAAAGUAACUGGAUAUAUACACUAUAUGAGCAAAGUUUGUGGACACCUGACUAGAAGAUUUAUAUGUCCCUUUUAAACAUCCCAUUCCACAUUUAGUCCCCAUUUGCUGGUAUAAUAACUUCCACUCUUCUGGGAAGAUGUUCCACUAGAUUUUGGAGUGUGCUUGUAGAGAGCUUUAGUCACAAGGGUGUUAAUAAAGUGUGAUGUACGUAAGGAGGCCCUGAGUGUAGUUGGAAUUUCAAUGAAUCCAGAAUAUACUGUAUCUGGUUUAUUUAUAUAUUUAGCCUUUAUAGGUUUAUGCCAUUUUUUUAUGCUAAUAACAUUCAGUGGUGAAGUAUUUUUUACUGUAUUAAAGUACAUUUUAAAGGUAUCUGUACUGUAACUUCAGGAAACCGACUUCACUACAUUUUCAUCUCAUUUUUAACUCCACUACAUUUCAGAAAAAAAAUCAUGACUUUCCUCACUACUUUGAAGUGAAUGCAUUCACUGUGUCGAAUGAGAAAUCUGUCAGAAGACCACAAGUGUAUUGGUUCUGGUCAAGUGUGUGUGGAGUAAGUGUUCUCUCACUGUAUGUCUGUAACUAUAGAAAACUUUUCUGAUGAAGGUCUGGUGUGCAGGUGAAUGGCACACUGAACUGCGUCCGUUAUUCACAUAGAGUUCUUAUAGAUCAGUACUUUAAUUUUUAAACUUAGGUCAAUUCAAAAGACAGUAGUAUUUACUGAAAUUGGAAUGUAAAAGGAGUGCAUUAACUGUUCCUGAAGACAUAUUUAAACCUGGGAUUUGUACUUUUCCUUAAGUGUAGAAAUGGUGUGCUUCGGUCACCAUUGAUAACAAUCAUAAUACAAUAGUAUACUACAGUAAAACCCUGUUGGUUUCCAUGGUAAUUUUAUUUACUUUCGUUUUCCCAGCACCAUCACUGAUUUUCUUGGGAGACAUUUUUCAAGAUUUCUAGUGAAAAUAAAAUUUGCUCUUGAAAUAGGGUUAAAUUUUGCGAGCAAGAUCGCUCGUAUCUCCGUUUGCUCGUACUAUUAGUUGCUCGUACAACAGGGUUUUACUGUAUUAGUUUACUAUUCAAAAAACAGUGAGGAUCGAGGACCAUUACCCUUUCCAGCUGUUAUGUAUUUCUAGUCAAAGUCGUCUACGUUGUUUCUCUUGGUAAAAACCUGCUUUCCACAGUCAUGAAUUGAGACCCUAUUUGGGAUUGUUCCCCUAAACAAGGCAAUAAUAUUCAUAAUGCAAGAAAGUUGUGCCAAUUCUUGUACACUGAGAAAAGUCCCUUAUUCUCCAGAUGUUCCAACCACCUCUAAAUACGACCACUGGCCAUGUGGAUGAAACAUAAAUCAUUAAAAAACAUGAAAACACAAUAAAUCUGUCUAACUUGCUGACUUGGACCUUAUUUUGUACACACCACAUGGUCAUAAUAACUUGUGGUCACAUCCCUUGAUUAUGGUAUGCAUGAUAGUUAUCUCUGGCAGGAAAAAACAAAAAAUCAGGAGCCCAUCUUUUACUGAGCUGUUGGAUGGGAAGGAUGGGAGUUCUACCAUUUCAAAGGUGUUGUGUAAUUCUUUGACAGAAUGUAAUUUUAAGGUGUUGUAUGAAUGCUGAAAUCUAUCUUUGUUAGGAUUCCAGUGGGCACAAGGAAAAAAAAUAAAUAGGAAAAAGGCUUGGCAAAUAAAUAUUUUAAUGAA